UACAUAUAGUGAAAGCCCGUGAGGUUACGAAGUGAGUCAUGACUCGGAUGUUACUCAAACGUUGCUGACAGUUUAAAUAUUUGGAUGGUGCACAAGAAUUAGACUUGUAAAACUUUGAGGAAGAUGGGUGUUGGGUCUCGAAUAUUGAAUUUGAGAACUGAGUGCCCUGUUUAACUUUCUCAAGGUUUGCCACGUAAAAUGCUAAAGGACCAGAUGGAGGACAAGUUCAGUGCAGGAAAUUUGAAAUCGAUCAGCUACUUUGGGAACGCGUUUGUGGCGCGGGAUCACCACUACCAGUCAUUUUCUCACUGUCCGGCAUGUUUAGGCCCUGCUCCUUUACUCUCCGGCGCCAUGUCCUGAAUCGCUCGCUAUCGACCUCGGCGGUAGUACACAACUCUCCCUCUCCUUCUCGCCUAGUACGAAUAGGUAAUCUUACCGACGGGUACGACAUUCAAACGACGCUCUACAACGCGAGAGCGAUACCCGUCGAGAAAGCAAUACCGAGCAAGGACCAUCUUCUUUUAUGGUUUCCGGACACUGCUAGCGCGGCUCGUGUUGUUGAUGCAAAAUCCAGACGUGAUGAAACUUUGACCUACGAGGGCCCGAUACCACCUCUGUCGGCAAAAGUCGCCGCUCAUAUUGGCUUGGGUGCCUUCCGAAAGAUACGCAUAUUGAACCUGCCCAUUUCUGUGACAGUGGAUUCACUGAGGGAGACAUUUGCUGAUUGCUGGGAUGUGAUGGCACAUACGGCAAUCGUGAAGAAGGAGCAGCGGGGUACGGCUAACGCCUAUCUGGAGUUUGCAGACAUACGCUCUGCUAUUAAGGCUAUGGGUACGCCGAAGGUGGGACUCCUACAUGACACAAUCAUCAGCUAUGCCAAUGAUUCCCGAUCCUACAAUUAUCCCCCCUUUGUGCACGCAGGCACGGAGCUUCGCUAUGGAGGGAGACGUGGCGUCGUCAUCAGCGGAAUUAAGGCCAUACCUCAAGUUGAACAAGCCAUAUGGUCUACCAUCGGAUCGAAAACGGAACCAUUGGUGCUGGACUCUGAAGUUGUUGCAUCCCAAAACUCUAUCGUUCUGAAAUUUGCUACUGCCAAAGCUGCACUUGAGUUCAAGAACAACUUCACUCCUUCUGUCGAAGCUCUUGGCGUCCAAGUUGAGUUACAAAAACUGGAUCUAGACAGAUCAGCAAUCUCGGUCAUAGGACUCGGUGGAAGUCGAACAUUGUGCGUUCGCGCAAAUAGGAAGAUCGAGGAUUCAGUACAAUUCGAGCAAUUUGGACCGGUAAUGCAGGUUGUCACAAACAACGACAUCACCGAAGUCACGUUUAAGUCUUUCCAUGAUGCUAUGAACGCUCUUCUCCAGCUUGAGUCCGGAGCUCAUAGUCUUACUGGAUUCGACGGCGCCUCGAUAUACAUAGCGAAUACCGAACCUGUGACCGUCGCGUAUCCUACCUUAUCGCCACAGACGGAACCCACUCUUUCAGCGCAAGGGAAGAAUUUCCUGGCGAAGGCAGAGGAGUUUGCCGCGCUGUCGAAGUUGUGAAGUCGUAUACUUAAAAAGCAUUUGCCUAUGAAGCACGGUCACCAGGGUGCUGUUGCUUGUGGACUUGAAUAUCUGAUUGACAUCUUGAGAAUCGAAAUGGGGCAUAUUCUCGAUAUUACGACUCCCCUUGUUAGGUUUGUUCUUUGAGUUU